GUAUGCUCGUAAUUUUAAACAGUGUGGAAUGCCACUGGUCGCUGCAUCGACAAUGUGGCACCGAUAACCAACAAACGUCAAUAAUUUGGGUUUGCACGUUGAUUCUAGCGUCAAUAUGAUGAGUUCUCAUAUUGUCACUCCUGGGCCGUAUAGGGCGACAAAACUGUGGAAUGAAGUCACAAAACUAUUCAAGGCAGGGAUGCCUCUGCGGAAACAUCGACAACACUUCAGAGUAUAUGGGAACUGUUUUACUGCCAUAGCAGCUGUCGACUGGCUACACGAACUACUCAGGUACAAUAGUAACUUUGGACCAGAUGUCACCAGACAACAGACUAUCCAACUGCUGAAGAAGUUCCUCAAAAAUCAUGUGAUCGAGGAUGUGAAGGGCAGAUGGGGUUCAGAAGAUUUGGAAGACAACAGCCAUCUCUACAGGUUUGCUUCAACAUCUCCUUUGAAACCAAUUCCCCAUCGCCCACCUGUGUCAGGGCCUGCAUCAGUAAAGAAGAGUUUCUCAAUGAAAGAAAAGGAAGGCUUCUUCAAAUGUAGGACUUCCAAGAAACCUGGCAAAGAGACUAUAGAAAAUGUGGAUCCAUCAAAACAAGAAAUGGAGACUGAGCCUGUGAUUGAAGUGGUCCAGGCCAGAGCACUAACAGAGGAAGAUAUUCAGGAUGUUUGGAGAGGCAUCACUCUCACACACCUACAGAAAACAUUGGGAUUGACUGCGCUUGAGGAUGUUUUGGAUCCAAGACACAUCAAUUCUCAAAACAUUGUGUACAACAUGAACAAUGUGAACAAGCAUGGGGUUGUUACACUUGAGGACAAGACUGAUGACCUCCCACACUGGGUCUUGUCUGCAAUGAAAUGUCUUGCAAACUGGCCGAAGUAUGAUUCCAACCAGCCAUCCUAUCCUGGGUUUGAGAGGGAUGUGUUUAAAACCGUCUCUGACUACUUCUACAGCCUCCCUCAGCCACUUCUUACAUUUGAGUACUAUGAGUUGUUUGUCAACAUCUUGGUUUUAUGUGGCUACAUUGUGGCUCCUAAAACUCAAAGAGGAAAGCGAAAAAACCAAGAGGAUCCAAGCUACCCCCAGCCUGCAAAAAACCAAGAGGAUCCCAGCUACCCUCCGCCUGCAAAAAACCCUCACAUGAACGGUGUUAACCUGUUCAAAUCAACGGAAUGUCUGUUGUUGAGCUUAAUUCGGAAAGAGGCUUUUGAAGAGGGCGACUCACCAAUGAGAGAGGUGUUCAGCUCAAAGGCCCAGUCCGCGUUUGCAGCUCUGAAGACGGGCUGUGCCGGGAGGGUCCCCCAGAUGAGUCUGACAGGCCGAAGGGCCAGUUCUGGGGAUGUCCUGGGAGGCAACUCUCCGAGUCUUGUACGGUCAGAGAGCAGUGGCGCCUCCUCAGUUAGGCUCAGAAGACCCAGUAGUUGUUCCCUGGAGAGAAUCCUGGAUGAAUCAGCUAAGUCUGACUCAUACGCCCAACACAAGUUGUUCCAGUCUACAGAGAGUCUGGUGUCCUGCAAAAGUAACAGUGGCAGAAAGUACAGCACCCAAUCUCAGAAUAAAACUGACUCUCUGUCUGUUUUAGACAGCUACCCUUACUCUGAACCCCAAGUCUUUGUCACCAUGGCAACUCCCAGUUGCAACAGCAGUUCGGGUGUGAUGUCUGUAGAGGGUAGCACUCACAGCUCCAAAAGCAAGGGUGCCAGAAGCAGCAUCUCGCUACCAAUGGACAACCUCUCAGUCAGUCAGAAGCCCAAGCGUCCUAGGAGCAUUGGUACCUGUUUGGAUAUAGCUGAGCACAGAGGGAUGUCUGCCAGCUGUUUCAGUAUUAACGCCCCUGUAGCAGAGAUCACCGUGAAGCCAGACUCCUCCUCCACUGUUGGCCUGAGGGGUCCCAGUCUGCUUAACCUGAGGGCCAGCAGCAUGGACCUCCGAGACCUCAGAGCUGGGCCUUCUGUUAGCAGGCGCUGUCAGAGCUCUCUGGACCUGUCCAGGCCAACCCUUGCUCUGCCCUCUGUGUUCACUUAUGCACGCCGUCUGAGUUCCGAGCAAAGUCUCCUCCAGCCUCAGUUGGAGCGGGUGGCCAUUGAGGCUCUGCAGCUCUGCACCCUGUUGCUGCCCCCUGCCAGCCGGAGGAAGCUCCAGCUGCUGAUGAGAAUGAUCUCCCGGAUGAGUCAGAAUGUGGACAUGCCUCGGCUCCAUGACGCCAUAGGAACACGCACAUUGAUGGUCCAUACGUUCUCCCGCUGUGUGCUGGGCUGUGAGGAAGAGGUGGACCUGGAUGAGCUUCUGGCCACCAGACUGGUCUCCUUCCUCAUGGAUCACCACCAGGAGAUACUCCAGGUGCCAGUCUAUCUGCGGAACGCUGUCCGAGACCACCUGGUAUACCUCAGAAAAGUACAGAUAACCUACCCAGGUAGUGGUGGUGUGGAGGCCCCUAUGCCCAUCUACUCCUUCUGCAGACAGAUCAGUACCGAGGAGUUUGAGGAGCAGAAGCUGAGUGUGUCCCAGGCUGCCAUCGCUGACCUGCUGGAGAGCCUGGUCAAAGACAAGAACAUGUCUGUGAAGGAUAAGAAGAAGAAGCUCAAGCAGUUUCAGAGGCAGUAUACAGACAUUUAUGCUCGCCGAUUUCCAACGACUGCGAGCGAGGCGCAGCUUUUUGAAGAUAAACCAAAGAUCAAACCUCCAAUGCUGAUAAGUAUGAAAAAACCAAAAGCUUUUGGAAUUAGAAAUUGAAGGUACAAUUGGGAUGCAACUGUUUGUGUGGAAUAUUUUUGUUGCUUGAAACUAGACCUGGCAGCUAAAUGUAGGAAGGUGGGAGGAAACUACUAUGGGGGACCACCACAAUUUAUACUGCAACUAUAACAUUUCUCUUUAGGGUUGAAUUAUGCAUGUUUUAUGUUAAGUCAUGUUUUUGUGUGUAAUUUCUAAAUACUGCAGUAUGUAUAGUUAGUGCACAAAAUAAUUUAUUCGGGAUUGAUGAUGCCCUCGUAUGGGAGUAUAAGCUGUAAGCAAAUUACAAUUUGGGAGUCGAUUCUUUAUUUUGAAGUUGAUCCAGAUUUAUAGACUCCGAUUGACAUCAAUGUACGGAAUUUAAACCUUCAAGCAUUUGUGUUUUCCAGGGAUUCAUUUUUAUUGUUAAGAUUUAAUUUUAUUAUUCGUCUACCUAGUUUUUUUUCAUAGGGUUGUAUGAAAUGCUUAUAAUUGAACUUUGUUCAUGUUUUUCUGUUUUGUCACUUCUCUGUAUUUUUAUUCCAUUAACAUUCUCCAAGUUGAGCUCAAAUACUUUAUUGUAUAUUUUUGGUGUGGGAUGUUUUUCCUCUUUCUUUCCUGGCUAGUUAUGUUCAGCCAUUUGGGAUAAUGGAAGUUUUGCACUAUUUUCUGUCAUUUUUUAAACGAACAGUAGUUUAGACCAGUCAAUACAAUGGUUCAUAUAUAUACUUGACAAAUAUGUAUUUUUACUGCCAUUUAUGAAGUAUUAAACCUAAAAGGGAGACUUUUGGACUUAUUUAGAUGCAUUUUCUCAAUACCUCUUUAUAGCUGGAUACCUAACCUCAAAGAGCCAUCAAUGACAUAUAGUUUACCCUUUGACUUGUAUUGUUAUUUCCCCGCAAAACAUCUGUUUACUAUGCAACGUUCUUGAAAAUAAAGUGUUCAACUGUAAAACAAAAUCCUCUUUACGAACUGUAC